CAAAGUCACAGAGAAACCCUCUCUUGAAAAAAAAAACCAAAAAAAAAAUAUUUGUUAUAGGGACUGGAGAGAUGCUUAGUGAGUAAGAAUGCCUGCUGCACAAUCAUGCAGAUGUGAGUUUGGAUCUCCAGAACAAGUGUAAAAAUCCUGACAUGCAGGGCAGCGGUGGCACAUGCAUUUAAUCCCAGCACUUGGGAGGCAGAGGCAGGUGGUUCUCUGUGAGUUCAAGGCCGGCCUGGUCUGCAAAGAGAGCUCCAGGACAGCUGUUACACAGAGAAACCCUGUCUUGAAAAAAAAUCCUGGCAUGGUCAGUCCUAUCUUUAACCCCAUCACCGAAGGGUUUGGACACAGACAAGUUUGCUGCAUCCCAGCAUAGCUCCGGGUUCAGUGAGAACCCUGUCUCAAUGGAAUAAUGCAGAAAGGAUACCCAAUGUUCUCUUGCUUUUCAUGCUUGUACACCUACCUACAUACAUACAUGUGUAUGGUAUACAAUACAUACACAUAUUCAUACAUAAAUGUUUCUUAUAAUUUUAUAUCAACUUUGAAUUGUAAUAAGUAAUUUAAAAUAUCUAAGAAGAAAUAAGUUUAAAAUUCUGUAGAAGCCAAUAUGUAGCUGACCACCUUGCCUGAGACCACAGGAUUAGAGGACUUGACCUGGAGGGGCUACAGAGCAGGUGACCUGUCCUGUCUUGCCUGGAAGUGAGGUGCUGUGCCCCUUCUCAACAGGCAGGAGCGAGCAGUAGUGCACCUGCCCUCCUGUUCACCCAGAUGCCCCAUGGACAGAUAGCCCCUGCAUAUGAACACUGUUUACAGUCCUCCAGGAGGCCUCCUGCGACUCAGGACAGUGUCCUGGGAAAGAAUUCGGGAUGAGGGAAGGGAGCAGAGGGCAGCACUCAGGAGUCUUCCCAGAGAGGGGCGACAGGGCAGAUAGAAGGUGGUUUGCUUUGGCUGUCCCUGUCGGAAGGAAAGAUGGAGGCAGCUGAGGAGGACAGGUAGGAGGAAGAAAGAGAGCAAGGGAGGGGCCCUGGGCAGGGAUGAGGCUCAGAGAAGAGGGAUCAGAAGGGCCAUGCUCCCAGGGUGCCAGGGUUGCCAGUGGGAUGGUCUCACCCUGCGCUGUCUGCUUCUUCAAGUGUUGCAUGGGCAUCUGUGUCAUCCAUCACCUGUCCCCUCCCCCUAACCCUGGUCUUGGAGAAGGCCCUGCUCAGUUUCAGGACACAACACAGGUUCCCAGAUCCCCUGUGGUCCCAGGAUGACAGUACUGUUGUAUCCAUAAAUCUAGUAUAGCACACUGGGCUGCCCACCCUUCAUUUCAGGACAGCCCUGAAGGGGAAAUGGAGUACAUAGGCGCAAUAGCCUCCGAGACCUAGGAAAGAGCAAAGCCAGGACGCUUCUUAGGGCCUUGCCCUGCAUCUCCCAUAGGGCUUAUCUCCUGAGGGCAAGUCCCCUUUGUGACGUUUCCAUAGGCGUGGGCGGGGCCUGGAGGCCUGGUCUGUUCUUGCUCUGCUCUCCAAGUCUUCUAAGUGUCCUGCCCUGCAGAAAAGACAGCACAGGGAACAGGCUGAGAUGGCUCUGAACCUCCUUCAGAAAAGCUCAGACAGGAGCCACCUACACUAAGUUUGCACAGCUUGUCUCUCAAGUCAACGGCCUGUGACCAGGGAGAGCACGGCACCUAUCUCUCCAGCAGGAUCCUACAUAGGGUCCUGCUCCAUAGCAUCUUGCAACGAUAGGACCCCACUUCCUUAGGGACCCACUCCCAUAGACCUUGCUCCCAUAGGGCCCUGCUGUCAAAGAAUGAGACUCCCCUCCCCUCUGCAUGGAAGGUCCUUUGAAAUACCCCAGUACUUCCUACCUGGGUUCCCUCUCCCCCUUACCAGCUCUGUGUUCUGCAAGUGAACAGUCAGUGCUUAUGCUACACUGGUUUUAGAACUUGGGGGUGUGCAGGGGGGCGGCUAUGGAGUUGCUUGGAGGCUGUCAGGCCAGAUCCAUGGGUAAAAAGCUGUGAAAGCUAAGGAUACCCUGACCCCUGCCUAGAACAAGUUGUUCUUUGGCAUGAAGGUCAGAUAGGGUAGACGUGGGCAGAUGUUUGAACCACUUGAGAGAAGGUUUUUGGAGUCACAAGACAGCCCCAGCUGGUCCCAGCUGGACCCAGCAGGCUUUCUUUUCCUUGGCUGGGGCCCAAGAGACCCUGGUAGGUGUUUAGGGUCUGAGGAGGGUCAGCCCUGCCCUCCCUCCACACCCACCUGGUCUGCCACGCUCCCAGGGAGGAGCAUUGGCCAGGUGCGUCAUGAAAAGACAGUUUCAGGGGGAGUGGUUUGUCCUUGGUUUGGCGGGCAACACCUACAGCAUUGAGCACCGGUCCUUGCUGAAUCCCUACAUCACCUCGUUUGAGCUAAAAAACAACAGUUAUUUCCAGGUGACCAACUCCAUGACUCGGGGCAAGCGUUGUGACACUUGGUCCUACACCCUGAUCCCAACAGCCAAGCCUGGGCAGUUCACUGUGGAAAACAAAGGGUCUGGGGCAGACAAAGAAGACGUACAGGUGAUCGAGACCGACUAUACCAAUUUCUCCCUGGUGCUGUCCCUCAGAAAAACGAGCAGCUACACCAUCACCAGAGUCAGCCUUCUGGGUAGAAACUGGAGGCUUACUCGUAAGAUUAUAGAAAGGUUCAUCUGCUUUGGCAAAGCCCAAAAGCUCACAAAGAAUAACUUCAUCUUCCCCGAUGUGACCGACUGGGUACCUGAACAGAAGCUCUGCUGAAGAACGGGAUGGUUCCUGCCAGCGCAGCCUCACCCUGCGUCUGCUCUCAGCACAAAUAAACACGCUGCCUGUGACUCCA